AUGCCUAAUGGACACGAAAAUGAUAAUGAUUACAGAUGGCUUUUGACACGUAACAAAACAGCCUAUCAAUUUCUUGAAUUAGAACAUGAUGAGCAGCCGAAUAGGUCAAAGAUAAGGAGAGCAUACUUAAAGAAAGCAUUGGAACUACAUCCGGACAAAAACAAGUCUCGAAGUGCACAGUUAGAAUUUAGAGAGGUUGCUGUUAGUUAUCAUGUAUUAAGUGAUCCUGACUUGCGAAUAAAGUAUGAUGAAUACUUAAACAAUCAAAUCGUGAAUAAAAGGCAAUUGUCACAUGAAAAACAACUUCGGGACGUGAGAAACAGUACACUAAAGGACGAACUUUUAAGAAACGAGUUGUACCAUAGAGAUGAAACAUAUAGGAAUAAUUUUCGAAUGAGAAAGCUAGAAUUAUUGCACAGAAAUUUUGACAAAGUGAAAAGAGUAAGGCAAAUGAAGCCAAACGUUACCGGAAAUAAAGACGAACAUACUCCAGAGGAAUCAGACUCGGUGUUCCGAUUUCCAUACAUUAUAAAUGUGAAAUGGAAGAAUCGGAAAGGUGCAUCGAAACUAAUUGAUGAAAAUGUUAUUCAAAAUUUAAUGGGGAUAUUUGGGGAGGUCACAAAUAUUGAGAUAUCAUCAUUGAAUAGCGCUAAUAAUCGAUAUCAUUAUGCCGAGGUUGAAUAUAAAAGAAGCAUUUCGGGUGUCUUGGCAUCAUGCUUUGCAUAUAGCAAACCAUACUCAUUGUGGGAUGAGAUGGGAAUGGCAAGGAUAUCAAGACUUAUUCGAUCAAUUAAAAUGAAUGGUUACAAUAAACAAAAUUUUGAAUUGUAUGAUAAUAUGACCUUUGACGAAUACCUCAGUAUAAGUACACUGAAAAUUAAGAAAGCGAUAUCAAGUGAAUAA